GGCGCAAUAUGGCUCAAAGUUUUUUAACACUUCAAUUAAAACGGCCAUCUAUCCAACCGUAUCUUCCAUUAAACCGAUACCAGAUUUUGACGAAAAAACCAUAGAAUUAAUACGAGCACGAUUAAGAAAUUCUGUUGGUAAAAGUCAUGUAAAAUUUAAAUAUGAUACAAAUAAAGUUAAAGAUGCGGCUGUUUUGAUGCCAUUCUGUGUCGUACAAGGCGAACCAAGUGUUUUAUUCACAGUAAGAAGUAAUAAACUAAAAACACAUAAUGGAGAAGUAAGUUUCCCCGGUGGAAAAAGAGAAACCGCAGAUCCUUCACUUGUGUUCACAGCUCUUCGCGAGACUACAGAAGAAAUUGGUAUUCGACCUGAAGAUAUCGACAUAUUAGGACAAUCAACACCAUUGCCAAAUAGAGAUAAAACCUUAAAAGUUUACCCCUUUAUUGGGUUGAUUAAAUUUCCUUUCGAAAACGUUAGAAGUGAGGUUAAUUAUAAUGAGGAGGAAGUUCAAAAAGUUUUCACUGUAACAAUUGAUGAAUUGUUGAAUUCGGAAAAGAAACAGUGGAAGAAGCUUGGCAAUACCGAUUUUAUGUAUCCGGUAUUUAAAUCUUCUUCUGAGCCAGAACUGGAAAUUUGGGGAUUAACUGCUUUCAUAUUGGAUACAAUACUACAGAAGUUGACUAUACAGCCGUUAGAGAAAGAGAUGAAAACGUCUAUAGAUGGCAAUACUACGGAAGUUGACUACACCGUCGUUAGAGACAGAGAUGAAAACGUCUAUAAAUGGCAAUCCUACGGAAAUUGA